AUGCAGAAGUAUGUGGUUGGCUUCGAAAUCGCAGAUGCAAGAAAUCUGACGACUGAAGAUAGCCAGCCAUGCGACCCUUUUGUGGUGGUGGAAUGUUGCGGCAAGCGCUACCAGACCGACACCAAGGAGGGGAAGGCCAUGUUCGUCUCGUGGAACGAGGACAACAUCUGGCCAGAUGUGGAGCUUUACCCAGAAGAGUUUGAGUCGGCCUACAUAGAAUUCACCGUCUAUGCACGGAAUUGGUUCACUCGGAAUUACCAGAUCGGCAAAGCUUCGCUCCAACUGAAGAGCGUGAAUGCGCGAACAGGUCAUGUAUAUAUGAAGAAGUCGCUUCCUCUUCGGAAGGAGGGCGAGACUGCCGCAACAGGUAUGAUCACCCUCACAGUCUUCUGCCUGAAGCCGGGCGAGUCGGCGCCCCAAGGUGAGGAGGUGAAAGAGGAGGGAGAAGCUGCCGAAGACCUCGAGGACCUGAGCAAAGCAGUGCUGGGAGCUUCUGCGGACACUGGUGACGUGGGCAAGUCGUACCAUGUCCUGGUGAAUAUCUACCGGGCAGAGAACUUAGCCAAGAUCGGCGGGUACAAUCCCAACCCCUUUGUGACGGUGGAGUUCUCUGGAGCUUGCGUGAGAACGACGCCCGCGUACGACGUGGAGCAGUACACCUGGAACGAGUGUGCCAGAAUACCUGUGCAGACACCAGUCUAUGAGGAUACCAUCCUCAUCAAACUCUGGAGUGGGGGCUCUGCUUUAACGAUGACCCCAGACGCCCUGCUAGCGCAGGGGCUGAUCUCCUUCAGCGAGCUCAGGAACAAUUCUCUGCCCGCGCGCUGGUUCUGCCUCUAUGGCUGGGACACCGAGGAGGUCCCAGAUGUGAAGCAGAUCUCCAAGAGUGGGGAGAACAUCAAGCCCAACUUCUUCAAGGGCAAGCUGCUGAUCUCUGGCCGUGUGGAGCGACUCGGCGCAGACGAGACCAUGAUGCCCGCAGGGAUCACAACCGCCAGAAGUGCGGUGGAGCCGAGAAACAUGCAGCUGGCGUUGCUAGCGGACGUCUACGAGGUUUGUGGAGCCGCCGGCCGCGAAUGUCAGGUCCAGCUCGCCUUUGGGAGCAGUACCAAGGAGACCAAAGACUGGGUGUCUCCUGGUGGCCUUGACAAGAUCGCAACCAUCGAAGCCCACGAUAGAGGGGGCGUAGUUCAUGACUACGGGGAGGACGAUAAGAUUUUCGACGUGGAGGAGGUCACCACGUUCAGUUUCACGCAGGAUCAAGGUCGAAUCGACCCCAUCCUCACCAUGGCACCCGAGGAGGCGAAGUCGCAACCUCUGGUCAUGGUCAAUGUCUAUACUCGCGGCGUGCUCUCCGGAAAGGUCCGAGUCGGUUACGCCAUGAGGCAACUGGAAAACUUCAAAAAAUACGAGCCGGGAAGUCCCGGGCGUCCGCGCUACAUCCCGUUGGAACCAAUGCCGUUCAACAUGCACGCGCGGAUACCUGGAUCUGUCCUCAUGGUCAUCGAGCAUUUCACCACAGACGAUGUGCCGCGGCAUAACCGGAGGACGGUGAAGCCCAUGGUCUACAUUGUCCGCGCGUACGUUUUCAUGGCCCGCAACAUCAAAGUAGACACUGCUGGAGCGAAUCUCGCACUGCGUGUGGCAUGCGCUGGAAUAUCCAAAACGACGGAGCCAGAGUUCGGGCAGGUGCGACCCAUGUGGAUGAAGCCACUGGAGUUGAGAGUUACACUUUGCUCCGACCAUCCGAAGGAGCCACCGACGAUGGAGCCAAUUACUGUCACCCUACUGGAUAGCAGGACCGUCUUGGGAGUCAAGGCCGACAGAGACAUUGGCAAGACGGUGUGUACCUACGAGUACAUGCGACAGAAGGACAACAUGGGCAGGUGGGAACCCUUCCGUUUGAAACCGCAGUGGGUGCAGCUUUUUGGCGGGAACUACGGCAGCGUGGCCAUGGGCGAAGUCCUUAUAGGUUUCGAGCUGCUUCACUCCAAGUUCCGAGCCGAUUUACCUGCAAUCCAUAUGUGGCCCGUGUCAGAGGAAGAGUUCAAUGCAACCAAGCACUUCUCCAAGCUCAAAAAGGCCACUCUCCAUUUUUCCUUGUAUGGGCUGCGAGACUUGAUCCCAAUGGGAGGCAGAAGUGAGGAGCCCCUGGUGAACGUCCGGGUGAAGAAGUUCCCUUGGUGUUGGGUGACAGAAGAAACUGAAACCGCGAUGCCAAGGUACUACUCCAUGAACUUCAAGUACGAGAAGCUGGUGGAAGAAGGGCAGGAAGACAACAAAGACGACCACCUUCACAAAUGGAAAACCGAUGCAUUGGGCCAGCAGGGUUGUCGAAACUUCGAGUUCUUCCAGGUCGAGAAGGUAAACGUCAUGCUUCCCGACAAGGAGAUCCUGCAGCCCUUCAUGGCCAUCCGGGUGCUGGAGAAGCCCCUUGGGCCAAUGGAGCUUUUCCAUGGGACUGCCCUGCAUUUGAAGCCUUUCGGGGACGAGGGGACCCUGGUCGGCGAGAGCCGGCAGAGCCUGAAUCUCCUUUACCCCUGUACCUGGUAUGAGGGCGUUACCGAUGGGCAGCCCUACAGCUACCAGGAGAACCGAAUCAAGCGUGGAGUGGAUCGGGCGAGUAGGGCCUGCGCCUCGAGGACGCUCUAUCAGGAGGAGUCGGCCGAGGAGCGAGCCAAAGGACUUCAGGCAGAAAAAGAAACCCGGAGGCAGCAGCAGCUGGAGUACAUGAAGUCUUUGAUAAGUAUGGAGGAGGAGAAGGCAGAGAAGAUCGACUCGAGGGCUAUGCCUUUGGAGCUAAGACCCUACAGGGCGACCUACAAUCCGAAAGGGUACCUGCCAGAGGUCAAAGAACCACUGCGAGUGCGCGAAGAGCAUGCUCUGAACAUGGAGCGCUUGAACCUUGGCGUUACCUUCAGGAGCAGCUUCGGAAAACGUUUUGGGGAGCGGUCCAACAAGGACUCCGAUGGGUCAACGGGCCUGCGGCUGAGAGGCAAGCUGGAGCACUCGAAGCAGGUGCACGUCUUCCAGCCAGACUUCUGGUAUCACAAUGCCCCGCUCAUGCGCAAUGCGGACAUCGUGGACCUAAGCGAUGAGACAGCUCCAGACUGGAACUUCAUGCACGACAAGGUCUUCGGCUUUGUCAAGUGUGUUUUCAAGCUGAUGGACGGCUGGGAGGAUCUGCCGCAGGGGGAUGACGAGGCCUGCAAGCUGAGCUUGAUUUCAAGGAUCGCAUUACCAUGGUUUCAGCAGUUAUGCGCGUAA